GUGCAGGCGGAGUCCAGCAACCAACGUUACCUGUGUGUGUCUGUGGAGGAGCGCUCAUGUGGUGGUGUAGACCGGCGUCCCGCCUGCUCUGGCAAUCGCUCAUAAUUUCUUGUUUUGUUUUGGUUGUAUUUUUGUUUUUUACACAAGCAAUGGGCGACCGAACGCUCGAGUAUUUUUUAAGACUAAAUCAGCUGACAAAACAAGACGCGGCGGAGAUCCGCUGGUCGCAUGCUGUCAACAACAGGCGCGCGCUCACAGAGGCUCUCACAGGUCGAACUCAUAUGAUUGAAGCAGAUGUAAUCCUGAGAGGUCACGACCCCAAAGAGCCCGUCAUGGCCCACCCCCCUGACAACGACAGUGACAUCACGCUAAAUGAGUGGCUGCAGGAAGUGAAGGUUUACAACAAGGGAAUUAAACUGGACUUCAAGAGCUUGGAGGCUGUAUCUCCAUCCCUGGUUCUCCUGAAGGAUGUCCUGGCUGAGUUGAGCCCCCCAGUGUGGAUCAACGCAGAUAUCUUGUGUGGUCCUGGAGGAAAGGCAAAACCUCUGGACUCUGAGGCUUUCCUGUUUGCUGUGAUGACUCUUCCUGCUCACAUUACAUUGUCUCUGGGCUGGACCACAGGAUGGACUUCUGCAGCAGAGAACCCAGGUGAAAACACCUGA